AACGGACCAAUAGGGGGAGGGGCCGGCCAUUAAAUCCGAUUGUCAGUUCAAUUGAAGAGCUUUUUUUUUGUGUGUGUGGCCUAAAAACACCCAAUACAGUGCAAAAUUAUUGUAAGUAUAUUUAAAAAGCUUGAAAAUGUUUGGCCAAACGCAUGUCGCUGGUGCAUGGGAGGAAUGAUUUUGGAUACCAACCGGACACUAAAUCCCAACACCGUUAAAUCGGCGUCCGUUAAAUUGAAGUUCCGAUGUAUUGCUGUAUACCUGUACACUGACGAAGAACACUGCAGACAUUUUAAUUGCGACAACAGGUCGCCCAGUUAAAACUGACCCCCGAACUUGGGCCUUACCCCAAGUUUAGGAAAGGGCACUGACCUUUGACCUCUGAUACCAUACAUCAACUAUUCUUUAAAUUCAGCACUUGCAGUACCUUUCUUUGACGUGUAGUAGCCUACAAGAAUUUUCUAAACGUUGCAGCUAGUAAGGAGUAUACGCUGAUCGAAGGUUUCGUCGAACAAUAUUGAUCACUAACUUUUAUGAAGAGGCUGAAGACAUUCGGACACCAAACGGUCUUGGCUGUGUGCUGACAAAAGCUUGAGUGCAAGACUGUUGCCCGCCUCCUCGUCACACUUUCCAAAACAACACAAACGCCUGUUAAACAUCUGCAAAACAUUUGUGCUCUCCGAGAUAAAAGUUCUUUGGCUGAACGCUGCACCGCUCGGCAGUGUGGGUCCAACCGGCAGGCGCAGCUGCAGGCAGACAUCUUAACGAACGUGCGUUUGAAGCGUUUACCAAAAGGAUAUCAUGGAACGAGUGCAAGGCCUUUGCUUGGUGAUGUGCCUUCUGCUGCUGACACAAUGCGCACACCAGCAAAGCCCGGAAAAGAAGAAAAGCACCAAGAAAGACUCUACGAACGCUGCAAUCGAGCAACUGAAGAAACAAAUUGAAGACAUUGUUUUCGACUUGAACUUGUUGAAAGAGCAGCAAUCUCUGCAGUCAAUGUGCCUGCGUGGAACGAAGGUCCCGGGCAAGUGUUUCCUCGCCGACCCGGUCAAGAAGACUUUCCACGCGGCCAGUGACGACUGCGUCGCCAUGGGGGGCAGCCUGAGCACCCCCGUGACCGGCCAUGUAAACGACCUGCUGUACGCAUACGUGCGUCAGAGCAUCAGCCCGGAGGAGCCCAUCUGGCUGGGCGUCAACGACAUGGUGAGCGAAGGCCAGUGGGUGGACCAGUCGGGGUCCAACUUGCGCUUCAAGAACUGGGAGACCGAGAUCACCACGCAGCCGGACGGCGGCCGCAGCCAGAACUGCGGAACGUUGUCCACCACGGCCAACGGAAAGUGGUUCGACGAGAGCUGUCGGGCCGAAAAGGCUUCGGUGUGUGAGUUUAACAUUGUGUGACUUCACUAGCAUUACCCCAGUCGCCUUCAAAAUGCCAUGUAGAGUACUAAGUACAUUUCUGUAUAACAUUUCAAAAAUAAUGGGCCACAUCUUUAACCACCCACUCACUUACAUCAAUAGUCAAUAGGCCAUUUUCAGCAUUAGCAGAAAACGAAAAUUGGCUGCUUGAUUUGUUGAGUUACAACGGGGAGAUUUCAAGGUAAACACCACUAGAUUUCUAUCCUUAUAUUUUUGUAACAUCUGCUAAUAAAUGUUUCUGCAAAUGCU